GCCGAAAAAGGCCCAAAAUGUUCAUGAGUGGAACAGAAAGAGAAUUCAACAUCGUUUCACAGCAAAAGCUGUACCAGGCAGGACGAGUGUGAUACAAGUAGUAUCGCUUGUAUCGCCCCCGCCACUAUGAACUUGCCUGGUUCGACUUGAAACAGAGCGAGCAUGGGCGGGUGUGCAGCAAGUCCGUCCGCGCGCUCGCGAUGGUGUUUGGUAGCACCGGUUAUUUGCUGCAGCUGGGUCGUCCUACUUAUGGACCAGGGACUUUCGCUGCGCAUGCUGCAGCACGAGGAUCCGUUUGACCAGGUGGAGUCGCCGCUGUCGCAGCUGACGGACCGGGCCGUGGAGGAUGCGUCUGGGGCCGUCGUGUCGGACCAGGUUCGUGCUCGCGUGCACGAGGCAGCCAACAUGGCGGAGGACGUCGCGCAGCACGUGGCCGCGAGAACCGCCGCCUUGGCCGACUCGACCGCGGACACGCUCGACGACUUUGUGCCCGGGACCGCGGCGUACCAGCACGGGCUGCGCGACGACCCAGCGGUGGCGCCGGUGUACGACCGGGCUGGAGUCGUAAUGUCCCCUGAUCUUCACGACCGCGCGGCCAGCCGCCUAUCCUGAGUAAAAACGUCCCCACACCAGAGUCAAGAUGGGAAAUCUGCUAGACAAAUCAACCUGCUUCGGCUGUUUUGCAUGACAAGUUUGCUGUCGUAGUGUAGUCCUGUUUUGCUAUUUAAGCAGCAUCACAGAUCUAGCAUAUCAUGCGUAUUCUAGCAUCACAAAUUUCAAAACACGACUAGGAAACGCUUCUCAUGGGGCUCCGCAUGAGAAACUUUCUUGGCGUGCGGAUUUGCAUGACAACUCUGGGGUGGGGACGUUUUUACUCAGGAUACCGCCUGGUGCAGCAUCACUCCGUCUGCGACACGCACACAACCGUGUCUGGGUGCGAGGCCGUAUUGAGAGGAAAAAUCCCCCCUCCCCAUAUCAAAACGAAGUUUCUGAUGCAGGAUUUGCGUACACAAAUAAGAUCUGUCUUGCUGGAGAGGAAUGCAGCCCCAUACUAAGUAAGCCUAAGUAGCGAGGUUCUGGCCUAGGCGUCUAGCAUGAGAAACGUCCGCGCUUUAGACCCAUCAGCAUCACAAACCGCCUGCACAAUGCUGCGGAGCUUGUGGAGUUGCCUUCUUGCAAGACAGACGUGAUUUGAGGUCUCAAAUCAGCAACACAAAUUUGCGGAAACAUACCUUUUCGAUAUGGGGAGGGGGGAUUUUUCCUCUUAAUAGGCCGACAUGGCCCACCACUGCACCUGGAUCGCGACUGCGGUCGAACCGGUGGUCACGUUCCGAAACCACUUCGCGCCCGGAGUAGUCGCCGGGGGGCAGUGCGUGAUGGACGGGUGCAUGACGGAAACCGCGCCCUACCCGUGCACGCGUCGCGCCGGGUGCCACUGGACCGGCAACCUGUGUGUGAUGGACAGCUGCUCGCGCCACGAAUACCGGGCCAGCUGCGACGACGAAGCGCACUGCCACUGGAGCCGGGACCUGGAAGUCUGUCGUCCGGACCCCUGCGGUCUGCACACCAGCCUGACGGAGUGUGAGGGCGGUGACGCGGACGAAGGUGGGGGCAUGAACAUCAAACCGAACGCUACCGGACCGGCGAGCAGUCCGGGGGAUACUCGCGGAGCAGGAGGGGCACUUGCGUUUCUUGCCCACAAGAUGGCGUCGAAGAGCACUCGCGUGCUUGAGAGAAAAGGGUUCUUGGUCAAAGACACUCGUGCUGCUAUCAACAUGCCGGACCGCCAUGAUCGAAGUCAGUGCGUGUGGACAUCCGGGAAUCUGUGUACGACCGAUGUGUGCCCGUUCAAGGAGUCCGUCAGCGAUUGCAACGACCACGGGCCGACGCACGGGUGUGUAUGGCGUGUGGGCGACGCGCAAUGUCACCGCGACCAGUCCGGGUGCGCUCGCGCGCGGACACGCGCAGACUGUCAGCUCACUUCUACCGGAGGUGGACCACAAGGUUCAUCCUGUUUGUGGAACGCGGAAACCAAUGUCUGCUUCGUGAACGCCUGCCCCCACUACGACCAAAAAGAGUCCUGUGACACCCACAAACCGUGGUGCAAGUGGUCGGCGGGGACCCAGAAGUGCGACACGGACCUGUGUCAGCAGUUUUCCGACUCAUUUGCAUGCUCCGCUCACGGUCUACGCGACGGCUGCGCGUGGCGCAACAACCGCUGUCUUUUCGACGCCUGUGCGACGCACACUACCAAGGCGACGUGCGGUGCGGGUGGGUCUCUGGUAUUCAGUGGCGCCAGCACUCCAGGUUUCUCUACUGCUAGUACAUCCAACGCGACGGCGGCCGGAAGCACCUUGCCAGACCCGCAGAAGAUGUGCGUGUGGAAGCACGAAAGGGCGUGCGUGACGGACGCUUGCGCCGCGCUGGCGCCUGGACAGUGCGCUGCUGAAGUGGCCUGUGCAGUUGACGUGAAUGGCACUUCCUGUGUCACGCGUACGGGGUUCUGUGCUGAGUUUGCAAGCAAGGAGAACUGCGUCCAGUACCGUCUGCCACACGCUCCGGACACGGAAAUGUGUGAAUGGGGGGAGCGUGACGGCAACAUGCAGUGCGGUGCGAUUCCCUUCGCACACCCACCGAUGUUGCGCACACAGAUUUCUGUUGACGAUAGCGAUAUACAGGUGUCAACAGAGCCGCCGCUUUUUGCUAGAAGAUGUUGAAGCAGCUUGUUAUCUUUCUUUUCUUUCUUUUCUUCGGUAGCAUGUUUUUGUUUCAUAACGGUGUACAUCAUGCUAUAUCAAAAUCUGCAAUCACAAUGUGUUUGACUAUUUCCACAGCAUACCGACCCCGACUUUUUCGCGGUAUGCCAGGAGAUGGUCGUCUCGGUGAUUCUUUCGGUUGACGGCGACCCUAGUCUCGUUGGGGCUCGGAUGAAGUCCGUGUGCUCGACUGCAGAACUGCCCCGGGAACGCAGCCUGUGCGAGGCCGUGCAGCAGAGCUUCGUGCGGCAGUUGGAGCCCGAGCACGCGAAUACCUUUCAUCAUCAUUCGCGCGCUGAGAUGUGGAACGAGGAGAACUUCGACGUGAGCACCUUCUGCACGGGCGUGGCCCACGCCAUCCAGGCUCAUCGUUUAACCCUGGGUCCUGCAGAGCCGCCAGGGCCGAUUGUCGGGUCGUCGGCGGGAUCCUCGGGAGCGCCUGCAGGUUCUGCACUCGCUGCCGUGGCGCCACCGCCAGUGGCUGCGGCUGCGGGUAGUCUGCCUAUAGCAACACCGGUUGCGGGGGGAGACGCUGCAGCGCCGGCAGAAGCUGCGGAGGGAGAAGAAGAGGAGGAGGGCGAAGACGAAUGAGCCACAGGGCGCGUUUCGUGGUCCGCGGAGCGACCACAUAUUUAUCGAUUACUGUUUUCUUUUCCAAUGAACGCCUACGGACAUACACGCAUGAGCAUCCUCAUUUCUGCAGCUUUCUUCUGAAAGAAGGCUCCUUAGAAACAGCCGGGCGAACUGCGUCCAUAUACAUCACGCACCACAAGAUGAGACCGUAC